AUCCUUGCAGAAAGAGGGAUCCAGUAGGGGUGGAAAGAGGCAUAUCCCGGGGCCCCCCAGACCCUUCCCCCUCACCCCCCACUCCCACCCUCCGGCCCUGCACUUCCUUCCCUGGGAGCCAGGCCCCUUCCACGUGCACUUUGCACCCCUCGGAAGCUUGGAGGGAGCUGCUGAUGCUGCAGGUGAGAGAUGCAGGCGGAGGGGCCGGUGGGGAGCGGGAUCCUCCUCCACCUGCUUCUGGGAUAGCCUGGGGCGUGGCGGGAGAGAGGGGGGCCCUGCCGACCCCUGGGACACUGGCGGCCUCCCUCUGCCUGGCCGCAGGAUGCACGCUGGGAAGCGCUCUUCCGCAGCUCCCCGCCUGGCUGGCCCCACCACCAGGGCUGUCAGCCCGGCAAUGAAGAUUUCCCUUCUGUUUUCAAUCAGUUCUUGCAGUAGUCUUGCCAUCGCAUGAAUGGAGUGGGAGGGAGUCACUGUGCAGUAAUAUCACACCCCACAACCUUCCUUGGAUUCUUCCCCCACCCCUUCUCAAAGAGAAGCAAAGUUUUGCAGGGAAAUUAAGUGCUUAUUUGGAGAAAACAAUAACUUGACAAAGAAAGACUCUUUGGCCAUAUGAGACUAACUGUUGGACUAAGAAAAUCUUCUGGCUGCGUUGGAAGUUUCAUUUGAAGUCAAAGAAAAAAAUGGAUUUGCAAAGCCCAGUAAGAAAUGGAUCAGGGGUGGGAGCAGAAAAAGACCCCCAAAGCAUCCAGGUAGGGAGUGGCAAGGAAUUCUGGGAAAGAAUGGUGCAGAAGAUCCUGGAAGGAGACCCCACCAGCAGUGAUGUUGAAUGCCAGAAACUCAGGCAAUUCCCCUACCAGGAGGCUGAAGGACCCCGAGAUGUUUGCAGCCAACUCCACCACCUUUGCCGUCAGUGGCUGAAGCCAGAAAAGCACACCAAAGCUCAGAUGCUGGACCUGGUGAUCUUGGAGCUGUUCCUGACUGUCCUGCCCCCGGAGAUGGAGAGCUGGGUCAGAGAGUGCGGAGCGGAGGCCAGUUCCCAGGCAGUGGCCCUGGCAGAAGGUUUCCUCCUGAGCCAGGCAGAGGAGAAGAGGCAGGAGGAGCAGCAGGCACUGGGUAUGUUAGCCAACAUGGCCACUGAUCCCCUGCAGGCAGAGAAGGCUCCGUCACACACCAGGCAGAGGCUGCUCUUCAGGGGGAUCCUGUGGGAGGAGAAGGGGGAUGGAGGAACCACCUCUCUGGGCUGUGAAAUGUCUCUGAACAUUCUCUCUAGUCCUUCUCCUCUUGUUGGUGGAGAGGAAGGUGUUGCUGUGCGGUCACCGGAUCAGGGACCCGUGUCCUUUGAGGAGGUGGCUGUGUGUUUCUCCGAGGAGGAGUGGGCUCUGCUGGAUCCAGACCAAAGGGCUCUGCACAGGGAAGUCAUGGAGGAGACUUCUGGGCAUCUGGCCUGGCUGGUUCCGAAACAUGAACUCACUUCUUGGUCAGAAGAUCCAUUUAUUGAGGCCCCUGAGGAAGAGGAAGAGAGAUCAGCAGGUAAUCGUUGGAAGAACAGAAAAAAGGGGAAAGUGCAGAGAAGAAGAACUGAAGAAAAAGAGAAGAAGAAUUCGGCAGCUUCUGAAGGGACAGGCUUCUGUGCAAUUCCAGCUGAAGACAAGGCUAGUAAUAUUCCUCUAAGUGGAAACAUCUUAACUAAUGGAUCACAGCUUAGUGCACAUCACAGCAUCCAUACAAGCAUGAAAGCAUAUCCAUGCACAAUGUGUGGAAACUGCUUCGGAAAUUGGUUGAACUUGUAUGAACAUCAGAAAACCCAUACAGGAGAGAAGCUGUGCUUGGAGUGUGGAAAGAGAUUCAGUCAUGAUGAUGCCCUUGCUGUCCACCAGUGUGUCUGCAAAGGAGAGAAACCAGAUACAUGCUCCAAGUACAGAAAGAGCUUCAGUGACAGAGAUAAGCUUCCUUCCCAUCAAAGUUGCCAUACAGGAGAGAAACCCUAUACAUGCUCAGAGUGUGGAAAGAGCUUCAGUUGGAAGUCAAAUCUUUCUGCCCAUCAAAGAAUCCACACAGGGGAGAAACCAUAUAAGUGUUCAGAGUGUGGAAAAAGCUUCAAUCGGAAGUCAAAUCUUAAUGCCCAUCAAAGAAUCCACACAGGGGAGAAACCUUAUAUGUGCUCAGAGUGUGGAAGGAGGUUCAGGUUCUCCUCAAGUCUUACCAUCCAUCACAGAAUCCACACAGGGGAGAAACCAUAUAUGUGCUCAGAGUGUGGAAUGAGUUUCAGUCGCACGGGCCUGCUUUCUGUCCAUCAAAUAAUUCACACAAGGGAGAAACCUUAUACAUGCUCAGAGUGUGGAAAGAGCUUCAGUCAGAAAGGCCAUCUCUCUGUCCAUGAAAGACUCCACACGGGGGAGAAACCAUAUAUGUGCUUAGAGUGUGGAAAGAGCUUUAGUCGGACGGACAAGCUUUCUGCCCAUCAAAAAAUCCACACAGGAGAGAAACCAUAUACCUGCUCAGAAUGUGGACAGAACUUUGGCCGGAAGAGCUACCUUUCUGCCCAUCAAAGAAUCCACACAAGAGAAUGUAGUGAGCAGUCUGCCAGCACUGAUAAGAGUUAACAGGAAAGGAACACAUGUCCUUGAUUGCCAGACUGGCUACCCUAGCUCUUGACCAAACAAUCAACCAUGCAGGCGGGACUAGAGGGUAGUGAUGUGUAAGAACUGGUUUGGGGGUCAUUUUCCAGACAGUUCGGGGGGGGGUUCCUUUAAGGAGUAGGGAGGGUGCCAUUACCCGCCCCUGCCAAAACCACUGGCGCAGGGCUGCAAGAAGCUACGCAGUAACCCUGUUCAAGCAGUUUCAGCAGUAGCACCAGCGGGGGAAAUGUGGUGGUGGGGUAACGGCACCCUCCCUACUCCUUAAAAGGCAGCUCCCCUGCCACCGAACCGUUGGCUCAGUGGUUCGUGCACAUCCCUACUAGAGGGCUCCUUGGGCUGGAGUUGUCCAGGCGAGAGGGGAAUGAUGGAGGCUGACCACAUUCCGUCUGAGUCUGCAGAAUCUUGCGAGACAGAUUUGCAGGGGGUUGGAUCUCGCCAGGGCUUUGGGGAGAGUCAAGGGGGAGAAAGUCAGGCUUUGGCUUUCAGAAGUUAGUGCAGGAGAAAGUAUUGUUAGUAAGACUAACGUCAGAAGUUAUUUUACUUCGUGUGUGUUGCUGUGCAUUUCUUAAAUAUAUGUUCCUUGUAACUGAAAAACCAAGAUGAACUAUGUGCCGCCUACGAAAAGAUCUGGUCAUUUUGAAUGUUAUUGCAACCAAGCUAAGCAUUUCUAAGUGCAACCAAAAAGGUGAAACCUAAACCCCCUAGUUUGUAGAAACUUAAUAAAAGAUUUUUCUCUGUA